AUGUCAAGAAACGAGGAUGAUGUGAAGAAUGAUUCUGAUAAUGAUUUGGGUGAUGAUUUCGAUUAUCAACCGAAUGCAGAUGAUGAUGCUGAAGAUGACGAUAUGGAUUUGCUGGAUUCUACUAGCAAGAGUGAAGAAGUUUGUGGUGUAAAAAGAAUAGAGAAUUUAAUGGUAGAGGAUAUUUGGAACCUGGAGUUUAGGACAGAGGAUGAGGCUUGCCAAUUUUAUAACGCUUAUUCUUGUUGGCAUGAAUUUGUAAUGAGGAAGGACGACGUGGUUAGGGAUAAUCAAGGUAGAAUCAUUAGCAGGCAACUUGUUUGCAACAAAGAGGGCUGGAGGAAUAUGAGGUAUUUUGAUCUGGAUGAUAGAUCAAAGGAGGCAAGGUCACUAACGCGAACUAAGUGUCCAGCUCGGCUUAGGGUAAAGCUUGACUACGGCUGCGGUAGAUAG